AUGAUUCUACUAUUUUUUGUGAUUCUGAUCGUUGAUUCAGAAUUAUUGAAUUCAGAAGGUGUCAUCAAAGAAGAUUUAGAUCUAGAGGUGGGUUUUGGGAAGUUUUCUUGAAUCGGCUGAACAUGUUUUGAGAUUCGUAAAUUUCAGAAAUUAUUCUUAUGAAGUACUUUAAUCAAUACUUAUUUUGUAAAAAAACAAGUUCUGAAAAAUUCUAAAAUUAACAUUUUUAUACCAUAAUUAAAAGUUGUGACGUAACAAAAAUUAAUUGGGCUAUUAAUGAAGUUAUUUUCAACAUUAGUUAGCCUUGAGUACUGUAAAUUUUUCAGGUCACUAAUUGAUUUUUCUUUGUCAGAUCAAAAAACAUAUCUAGAAACUUCAAAAUUUCAGCCGGUUCCAGAAAAAAUCUCCCACUCUUUCAUAUGAAAAUGUUCGCAAAAUUUUCAGAGUUAUUACUGGAAAUUAUACCUUCAGAAUAACAAUAUCCUGACAGAACUCAGAGAGCGAUAUAAAGAGGUUUUGUGAAAUGAAAAGCAUGUUUUCUCCCACUCACCCACUUCUCUAACGCUUUCUGAAAUACCUGCUAAAAAUCAAUAUUUCUGAAAAUCCAUUUUUUUUUCAGCAAAACAAAAUAUUCCCGUUGACACGUCCAACAAAAACUCCAACAACGUCGGCUACAAAAAAGUUUGCAAUUGAAGAUGAUAAUGGAAACUGUACAACGGAUAAAGUGAUUAUUGAGAGAUUAUUGUCAAACUAUAAAGAUCAUAGAACACCUUCUGAAUCUGGAGUUAUUGUAUGGAUUGAGGUGAGAAAUUUGGCGAGACCACCCACAAAGCUAGAAAAACUUUCUUGAAGGUGUGGGUGCAAGAAGUCAAUUCAGUCAACGAGAUCACCAGUGACUUCGACAUGGACAUCUAUGUCACUGAACUUUGGGUCGACACCGCUCUCCGUUAUGAAAAUCAAGACCCCUGCAAAUACAAUUUGAGUCUUAAUUCUGAAAUUCUCGAUCAAAUCUGGAAACCAAACACAGUUUUUAUCAAUUCAAAAUCUGCAAAUAUUCACAAAAGCCCUUUCAAAAAUGUUUUUCUAAUGAUUUAUCCAAACGGAACAGUUUGGGUUAAUUAUCGAGUUCAAGUUAAAGGACCAUGCUCGAUGGAUUUUAGGUACAUGUGUUAGAAUUUUGAAUCGUCAAAAACAUCAUUUUUUUUUCCAGUGCCUUCCCUAUGGAUCGUCAAUCAUGCCACCUGACUUUAGAAUCCUUCAGCUAUAACAAUCAAGAAGUCAACAUGCAGUGGAUAAACUGGACGCAGCCUUUAUCUUUGAUGAAAGAGGAAAUUGUGCUACCUGAUUUUGUUCUAACCAAUUAUUCGACUUCGUUAAAACAGGAGGUUACUGUAGUUUUCGAAUCACAAUUAAUUGAUAAUAGAUUUUUGUAGACUUACCCAGCUGGUAUUUGGAAUGAGUUGACGAUGACUUUUGUGUUCAGCAGAAGAUAUGGGUGGUAUAUUUUUCAAGCUUAUAUUCCGACUUAUUUGACUAUUUUUAUCAGGUUUGUUAUUUUUUUUUGGAAUUUUUUUUUGUGAAAAUUCACUCAUUCAAAGUUUGAUUCUGGAAAAUUGUUCCUUUGACCGGAAAAAAAUGAAUCAAAAUUCAGAUUCCCCAUAAAUUUUCAAGUUUCUGAAAAAAGAUUCCAUUCCAGCUGGAUCAGUUUUUGCCUGGGUCCCAAAAUGAUUCCCGCUCGAACAAUGUUAGGUGUCAACUCUUUGCUAGCGCUCACUUUUCAAUUUGGAAAUAUCAUGAGAAAUCUACCGCGUGUCAGUUAUGUUAAAGCCCUUGGUAAGAACCCACGUUUUUUUUCCAGAAAGAAAACAUUCUCUAAAAAUUUCAGAUGUUUGGAUGCUUGUCUGUUUGACAUUUGUCUUCUCAUCCCUUCUAGAACUAGCAAUUAUUGGAUCAAUGGGUGCUCGAUCGGAAAAUCAGCAAAAUCAAAAAUCGGACGAAUCGCCUGGUGAAGAAAAAGUGAUUGGUGAGGUGAAUUGUGGUGCGCAAUUAAUGAUGACACCGCCAAAUUGUCCAAAUUCGCCGAGGAUUUGUCGAAAUCAUGUUCCUGAAGGAACACAUUCGCAUGCUUUCAAGAAUUACGGGUCUACAGGUAUGGAAAUGGAUAAUUGUGAGUUUUCCAGAAAAAAGAGCCUAGACCACCCACACACUUUCCGGAUAAUCUUCAUACAAUUCAGGGAUUAAGAUUGUUUUUUUAAAUUAAAGCUACCCACAAAGUUUUUUUUCUGAUUUUUGAACCCCCAGAAAAUUUCUAUUUUUUCUGCACAAAAAUAUUAUUAACUACACAAAAAGUUAAUGAGUUUUUGAAAAUUUUCUGUUUUGCGGGAUAUUUUUCAACAAGACCACCCACGAUGAAAUUCGAGAUUACCCUACAAAGCAAUUUCUAGAAUCUUCAACACCCACGAAGUUUUUUUUUUUUGAAUUCCCAUAGAUCUAUAAAUAAGUCUUCUGAACUUUACAUAUUUUUUUUGAUAAACAUACAUAGACCACCCACGAAGCUAUUUAUUUUUAUCACUCAAAGACCACCCACCAUUCCAGAUUCUGAUCCGCGGAUGAGAAAACGUUUAAUAUUAACAACGAGUGGAUCCAUAUCACAUGCUCCAAAUACAAAUCGAGCAGCUGAAAAAGUGCUUCUUCUCGAUGGGUUAGAAGAAACACAAUUUUCACAUGUCGAAACCAAAUUCAGUUCUUUCAAAGCUACCAAGGUUACACCCUCUUCCAAAUACAUUAGACCACCCAUAUUGUUUUCCAGAUUCUCCCAAGUUGGACAACUGAAGAUAUCGAUCGAUUAUCAAUGAUCAUGUUUCCAGGAUUGUUCACCGUCUUCAAUGUUAUUUACUGGAGCUACUACCUCAGUAUCAAUAAAUAA